AUGGCGGACCAAGAGGAAACUUUUGGCCUUCCAAACUCUCCUGGUGGCUCGGAUUCAAGGGAAGUACCGAGCGAGAAUAAAUCAGAGAAACAGAACGGGACCUCAAGCAAAUCCCCAUCGUCACAGACAACUUACAUUCAACAGGGAAUGGAGGGAAUCAAAGUCUACCUGCACGAGAGGGAACUCUGGGUGAAGUUUCACGAGGUGGGAACGGAGAUGAUCAUCACCAAAGCCGGGAGGCGAAUGUUCCCCAGCUUCAAAGUAAAGGUCACAGGAUUAAACCCCAAAACUAAAUAUAUCCUCCUGAUGGAUGUUGUUCCUGCGGAUGACCAUCGAUACAAAUUCGCCGAUAAUAAAUGGUCUGUAACCGGGAAGGCAGAGCCCGCCAUGCCCGGCAGGCUCUACGUGCAUCCGGACUCUCCCGCCACGGGCGCCCACUGGAUGAGGCAGCUCGUGUCCUUCCAGAAACUCAAACUGACAAACAACCACCUGGACCCAUUCGGACACAUCAUCCUAAACUCAAUGCACAAGUACCAACCGAGGAUCCACAUCGUGAAGGCGGAUGAAAAUAACGGCUUCGGCUCCAAAAACACGGCCUUCUGCACUCACGUUUUCCCGGAGACAGCCUUCAUAGCAGUCACGUCCUAUCAGAACCAUAAGAUAACCCAGCUGAAGAUUGAGAACAACCCAUUUGCAAAAGGCUUUCGUGGAAGUGACGACAUGGAGCUACACCGGAUGUCCAGAAUGCAAAGUACCAAGGAGUAUCCGGUGGUACCUCGCAGUACGGUGCGUCAAAGGGUGGGCUCCAGCCAGAGCCCCUUCAGCGGGGAUGUCCAGGGUAUGGCCACCCCAAGCACAUUGAGCUCCCAGUAUUCCCAGUGUGAGAACGGGGUCACCAGCACCUCGCAGGACAUGCUGCCUCAGUCAGGCUCCUACCCACUGCCACAUGAGCCAGGCCAGGAGUACCACUGCAUCAAGAGAAAAGUGGAGGACGACUGUCACUCAGGUGAGCACAGCUAUAAGAAGUCCUACCUGGAGAGCUCGUCCAGCGAGGAGGACCAUUACUACCGUCCUAUAGGCUACGCCCAGAGCCUUGGCCUAGCUGGCGGGCCGUACCGCAGUGAAUCCAGCCAGCGGCAGGCCUGCAUGUACGCAAGCGCCUCGCAGGGCGCCGAGCCAGUUCCUAGUUUGGAGGACAUCAGCUGCAACACAUGGGCCAGUGUCUCACCUUACGGGAGCUGCUCCGUAACCACCAUGCAGCCAAUGGAGCGGCUGCCGUACCAACACUUCUCGGCACACUUCACCUCAGGGUCUCUGGUGUCCAGACUCGGCGGGGUCGGGGGCCACGCCUCUCCGCAGCUGGCCGACGGCCACCAUGCUGCAAUGUACCAGAGCUCCAUGACCCACCAGACUCUGGGCCGCCAGUGCAGUCCUGGGGCGGGGAUCCAGUCACCCACAGCCGGUCUGCAAGGAAACGAGUACCUCUAUACACACGGCAUACCACGUACACUAUCACCACACCAGUACCACACUGUACAUAGUGUCAGCAUCAUGCCGGAGUGGAACGAAAACAGCUAAAGCCGCUUUUCCCAUGCUCAAUAGAUAAAAAUAUCAAAAGGAAAACCGUAAAGGACCAAGAUAAGGCAGGGUUUAGAGGAAUCUAUAUUUAUAUUUUUAGAGGAUGCAGUUUCUGAUCAUCUUAAUAAGAUCAGUGUUACUUCGCUGACAGCAGUGGAUAUUUUUAAGACUGCCGAGUAAGAAAGCAAGCAUCUUAUCACUUAAUCUGUUGUGACAGUAUCUGCACUUAUAUGCAAAACAUUAGCAUGAACAAAAAG